AUGAGGGUGGGUGGCAGUGAUAGACCACACCUUCUGCGCAGUCUCAACGAAGUGCUCCAGCAAAACGAGGGCGUCGUCGACCAAAUGACCAGAGUCUUAGCAUGUUCUUGUUCGGAGGAGGAAUGUCUUCUCACGAUGGUCGCACUCAUCGUUUUCAGGCUUAUCGAUACAUAUGCUGCAGCCGCGCAUCUCCCAUCCUCGAGACCAACAAGACCAUCUGCUCCGAGCUUACGCUGCCGGAACAUGCACAACAUGGCAGAUCCUGCCAUGUCCCUGUCUGAAGAAGACAGGAACCCAAGUGCGGACGAUAAGUCCCAAGAGAGUCCCCAUACUGUGCUCAACCACCUGCACAGGGUUCAGCGAGUGGUGAAUCUCCUCUCGGAUUGCUUUGAGGGCAAGCGAAUUCGUGACCACAUGCAUCGACCUGUAGCAGGGGGCGCAGCGUCAGCUGAUAUCGAAGACGGCAGGAGACAGAGAACAACGAGAGGACUGUCCGUUUCGUCUGCAGCAUUUGAUUCGCUUGAGGGCGAUGUCAGGAAGCGCUUGAGGGAGGUUUCUUUUCAGGUCGUCGACCUUAUUCGCCAGACAUAG